UUUUGUGACGGCGGCGUGCAGUUCAGUACAUUCGAGUACAAGGUUUUAUACGUUGUGCGAUGAUGUUCGAUUUUCUUUUACAGAUUUUUUUCAUUUUCGUCGGGCCUUUCGUAACCGACGCAAGUAUUUCGACAACAAUGCGUUUUCAAAAUCAAAAGUACUAUCAUAUGCCUAUUACUCUAUCGAGAAGUCAGAUACUGGAAAUAUCGGAUUUGACAAAUGUCAAUCAUAUGGGCCAAAUUUUAGAUAACAUAUGUGUAGUGAGAAUAGUCGGUACUCCAGAACAUACAAAAGUAAAAAAUUACAUUAAGGAGUCAAUGAACAACCUUAAUUGGACGGUAGAAUCCGAUAUUUUUGAAGAACAUACGCCAACUUUUGGAAUUCUAAAAUUUGAAAAUAUAAUUGCAAAGUUAAAUCCUAACGCGCGUAGAUAUUUAGCAUUGGCUUGCCAUUACGACUCCAAAUAUACUAGGGAAAGAAAUUUUAUCGGCGCUACCGAUAGUGCAGUUCCCUGUGCUCAAAUGAUUAAUUUAGCCAAAGUUAUGCAAAAUCGCUUAAAUUCUAUAAGACACAACGAUAUUAGUUUAAUGUUUAUAUUCUUUGACGGAGAAGAAGCUUUUAAAGAAUGGGGUCCAAAAGAUUCCAUAUACGGAGCAAGACAUUUAGCCAAAAUUUGGCAUGAUAAUUACACCUCUUACAACGAAGGAGAAAAUAUUUCAGAAUUAGACAAAAUUGAUAUAUUGGUUCUUUUAGACCUGAUCGGCGCACCGGAUCCAAUGUUUUAUAAUUAUUUUAGCAAUACCGAAAAGUGGUAUUCUUUAUUAAUGGCUAUUGAAAGUAAUUUAGCAGCUUUAAAAAAAUUUGAAUCGUACUCGUACGAGCAACCUACUCAGAGAUAUUUUCAACCACAUUCGAUGGAAGCGCAUAUCGAAGAUGAUCAUAUUCCGUUUUUGCAAAGAGACAUUCCUAUUUUACACCUUAUACCGUAUCCCUUUCCAAAAGUUUGGCACAAACCAAGCGAUCAUUGUGAUAAUAUAGAUAUAAAAACUACGGAAAACAUUAAUAAGAUUUUGAGGAUUUUUGUAGCGUCGUAUUUACAUAUCAGUAUGUAAUUAAUGAUUGGAAAAUAUUUAUGUUAUUACAAAAAGUUAUAUUUUUAUUAAGACUGACACAGUAUUAUAUGAGACAUCGAUCAUAUAAUGUAAAAUAUUAGUUAACAAUGUUAUCUUUUUAAUAUAACAAGACAGCCUACUUUACUUAACUAUCUGCAUUUGUAUUUUUCUAAUACAUGACUUGUAAUGUAAAUUAUUUUUGAACAAAUCCGAGUAACUUUUAUUGUA